AUGGAGUUAAAAAUUAUUGAUCAUGAUUUGCAGACUGAGAACAAUAAGGAUGUCAUAUUAACAUCUCCACUCUCUCUAGAAGGGAUUUCAUUGGAUAUUGAUUACAAGGCUUCCAAUAUUCUUCAAUUGAUUUUCAGUCUCUUUAAGAAUAUUAGACCUGGAGCUGAUCUUACUCAUUUCAAUCUACCUCCCUUGUUUAAUUUUCCAAAAUCACAACUACAAUGCUAUGGAGAAUUAGUCUAUUGUGUAAACAUGGACAUGCUUAGAAAAUGUGCCACCGGAGAUAAUGCCGUCGACCGGAUGAUCUCGGUUGUUGCUUGGAACCUCUCCGCUCUUCGUAGGCCGGUGUUCGGGGUUGCCCCAUUCAACCCUAUUCUUGGUGAAACUCAUCAUGCAUCUAGAGGCACCCUCAACGUCCUAGUUGAACAAGUUUCUCAUCAUCCGCCAGUAACAGCGUUGCAUGGAACUGACGAGGCUAACAAUAUUGAACUCAUUUGGUGCCAACAUAAUGUUCCUAAGUUCUAUGGAACUGUCAUAGAUGUAGUGACCCAAGGAAAGAGGAGGCUAAAUCUAUUAGAUAAGGGAGAGAGUUAUGUGAUGAAUUCUCCAACUCUACAAUUUAGAUUGUUACCAAAACCAGGUGCUUCUUGGGGGGUGUGGCAAAGUGAAUCGACAACAGUAUGGGCAGAAGUGAGCAAAGCUAUUCUAAGCAAAGAGUGGGAUAAAGCAAGAGAGGCAAAGAGAACAGUUGAAGAGAAGGAAAGAGAACUCAUGAAGCAAAGAAAAUCAAGGGGAGAAGAUUGGAUUCCUAAACACUUUGAUUUGUCUUACACCCCUGAUUUUGGUUGGGAUUGCUCGCCUAAACAAAAGAUUGUGUCACCGGCUCCGAUCAUCUUCCCUAUUUAA